UGCUGAUGGUGGUCUGCCCCCCCUCCCCUCACAGAGGUGGUCACCACCAAGGAAGAAGAGGUCCCGGAAGUAGUGACUGCCCAACCUGUCCAGCCAGAGAGCAGCAUGUUGGAGGAGGAUGAUGGUGACGAUGACGGUGAUGAUGACAGUGAUGCCGACAGCAACCUGGCAGAGCCCUGGAUCUUCAAGAAGUGGUUUGGCCGCUCAGUACCAGGGGAGGAGGAUGAGGAGGAGGAUGAGCAUAAGGAAGAAGAUGAGCAUAAGGAAGAAGAUGAGCAUAAGGAAGAGGAUGAGCAUAAAGAAGAGGAUGAGCAUAAGGAUGAGGAUGAGGAUAAGGAUGAGGAUGAGGAUAAGGAUGAGGAUGAGCAUAAGGAUGAGGAUGAAGAGCCCACAGAAGAACCCACGGACGUCCCUGAGGUGACACCACCUGUGACAGAGGUGAAGAAGAGCCGGGGGAAGAAGAAGGAGGAGAAGGCGCGGGAGGCCCGUGCUGCCCAGGCGGGGCGGAGCAGCCGGAGGGAGGCACGAGCCAAGGACCGGGCGCACGGGGACAGACCCAGCAGAGCCCCCAGGACCCACCGGGAACCGGAGCAGCAGCCCCAGAAGAAGCGGGGCCGGGAGGGGAGGGAGAGCCGGCGGGAGCGGGACGAGCCCAGGAGGGAGGGGGGAAAGGGACGUCCCGGCAGAGCCGGUGACAGCCGGGAGAGCCCGAAGCGGGACUGGAGGCAGCAGAAGGGCAGGAAGCCCUGGGAGGACGGCCCAGCCCGGCCCAGGGAGGGCAAGAGGCGUGACUGAGGCCGGGGCAGCCAAGGGGCUCGGUGAUG